ACACCCGCUCCACUCUCCGUCUCUCCCUCCCUCCCUCUUUAUCCUCCCGGUCACUGGUAACGCGCCCACUCACUCCCUCGCAUCACACUCCUCCAUAACUCCCCCGCGCGCAUGGGCGAUCCCCGGGCCCGCCCGUCCGCCGUGGCCGCCGGCGAGCUGCGGCCGCCGGAGCCGCCGCUGGACCCGCUCGAGUUCCUCUCCCGGUCCUGGAGCGCGUCCGGGCGCGCGUUCGCGCCCCCGCCGCCGACGCCCCCGCCGGCCGCGCUCGUCAGCCCCAUCGCCGAGGACGCCGCGUGCGAGCUCGAGGACUGCGGCGUCGCCGCCGCGUCCGGGAGCUCCUUCUCCUUCGCGUCCGCGGCCACGUCGCAGCUCAUCAUGGAACGGAUCCUCGCGCAAUCCCAGGAAGUGGCGCCGCUCACCUCCGGCCGGCUCUCGCACAGCAGCGGCCCCCUCAACGGCGGCGGCUCCCUCUCCGACAGCCCGCCGGUCUCGCCGGAGAUCGAUGACGCAAAGUACUGCAGAGCAGUGAGCACGCCGAAGCCGCAGGCGUACCGGCCGGGCAACAAGACGGUGGGCCGGUGGCUCAAGGACCGGAAGGAGAAGAAGAAAGAGGAGACGCGGGCGCACAACGCGCAGGUCCACGCUGCCGUCUCGGUGGCUGCAGUGGCCGCUGCGGUGGCGGCUGUGGCUGCCGCGACAGCCGCGGCCUCAGGGUCCGGCAAAGACGACCGCGCCGCGCGCACCGACAUGGCCGUGGCGUCGGCAGCCACGCUCGUGGCCGCGCAGUGCGUGGAGGCUGCGGAGUCCAUGGGCGCCGAGCGCGAGCACCUGGAGGCGGUCGUUGGGUCCGCCGUGAACGUCCGGACGCCUGGAGACAUCGUCACGGUCACAGCCGCUGCUGCAACUGCGUUGAGAGGCGCGGCGACGUUGAAGGCGAGGGCUCUGAAGGAGGUGUGGAACAUCGCGGCGGUGAUCCCGGUGGAGAAGGGCGCGGUGGGGGGCGGCGGGCACCACCAGAAGCACGGCGCGCUGCCGAAGCUGCAGCAGCACCGCAAGCUGGAGAGCAACGGCAGCAGCAUCAGCGACGACGUCUCGCUGGAGGAGGAGAACAACUUCCUGGGCAUCUGCAGCCAGGAGCUGCUCGCCCGCGGCACCGAGCUGCUCAAGCGCACCCGGAAAGGCGCACUGCACUGGAAGGUUGUGUCGGUGUACAUCAACCGGAUGGGCCUGGUGAUGCUGAAAAUGAAGAGCCGGCAUGUCGCGGGGACGAUCACCAAGAAGAAGAAAAGUGUGGUAAUCGACGUGUGCCGGGACGUCCCGGCGUGGCCCGGCCGGCACCUGCUGGAGGACGGCGAGCACCGGCGCUACUUCGGCCUGCGCACCGCCGAGCACCGUGUGAUCGAGUUCGAGUGCACCAGCCAGCGGGAGUACGAGAUGUGGACCAAGGGCGUCGCGCGCCUCCUCACCAUCGCCGGCGACCGGAAGCGCCUCGCGUGACCCCGCCAUGACCUCGACGGUCGCCAUCGUCGUCGCCAACCUGCAGACGCUCUCCGCCCCGCGGUGGCCUGGGCCCCAUCCAUCAUCGCCCCGUGGUUGUUGUUUGCUGCUAGGCUGUAGAUGCGAGAGGCCGUCGACGGCAGCACAGCAGAGCGACAUGGGCGUUGGGGGGUGCACCCCACAGGAUAGAUGUAGCUAGGGGGAUCCUGUUGCUGUUGCUGUUGCUGUUAGGGCGCAAGAUUGAAGUGAGUGAGUCGAUGGGUUGCGGUGUUGGUUUGCGGGGAAUGCGUCGCCGGUGCAUGGGGUGCCAUCCCUCCCUCCCGGAGUGAGAUUGAGAGGACGCAGUUGCCUGUGCUCUUCCCUCUUGCUCUGUCUCUCUUGUAAGUUUUGCUGCUGCUUUUUUUUUUUGUUUCUUUUUUUCUGGUUGGGUUUGGGGUGUGGCCAUACUGGAACUGUAGCUGGUAAAGGAUAAGUGCUUUGUUCUGGUAGUAGCAAGUAACUCUGUAGUUACCGUAGUAAUCACCGGGUAAAUUAAGCACAUGUUCAUCCCAUC